AUGUCUAAUAAAGACAACAUAGAACGAAUUCAUAAAUGUGGAGAUAAAGAAGCUAUUGAAAAAGAAGAAUUAAUUGAAGAAAGAAAUAUUAAAAUAAAUAAUGAAAUGUAUGAUAUUGAAGAAAAAAUAAAAAAAGUUAUUGGAAAAGAAUUAGAAGAAAUGGGUAUUACUCAAUUCAAUCAAAUUCAACAAGAAAUUGUUCCAGAAUUAAAUAAAGGAAAAAAUAUUAUAGUAGAAUGUCCAGCACAUAAAGGAAUUAGUUCAACAGUUAUUGCAAGAAGUAUUUAUUUAUCUAAAUCAUUUAAAGAUAUUAAAGAAGAAGAUAUUGAAAAAACAGAAAAUGGAGGACCAUUUAUUAUUAUUAUUUGUGGAGAUUAUAAUGAAGUAAUUAGUACAAGGGAAAUAAUUAAAAAUUUUGUAAAUAUUAAUGUUAGUUGUUGGACAGGAGUUAAGAAUAAGAAUAAAGAAAAGAAAGGAGUAAUGAGAAAAGAUGGAAUUAUUGUAACUACAUUAGGAUCAAUAUUAUAUCAAAUAGUUAAUAAUGAAGAAUUUAAAUGUCCAAAUUUAGAAUUUAUAGGAUGUACAUCAAUGAAUAAAAAUGAAGAUAUGGGAAUUGGAAAAGAUUAUAUUAAAGUAUUUAAUAGACUUCCAAAAUGUCAAGUUUUAUUAGAAUCAAAUAAAAAAAUAGAUGAAGAUAUUAUUAAAAGUAGUAUUAAAAAAGGAAUUAAAUAUAAAUUUGAAGAAGAAAAAAAAGAAGAACAAGAAGUUGGAUAUGUAUUAUAUCCAUUACAAAGAAAAAAUGAUAUAAUUUGUACAAUUGCUAAAAAUCCUAAAAAAAAGAAAAUUGUUUUAAAAUUUUUUUCAAAUGAAGAAGCUAUUUUUUAUCAAGAUAUUAUGAGUAGAUUAAAUAUAUGUGAAGGAAUUGUAUUACAUACAAAAAUGUCAAUUCAAGAACAAAGAGAAAUAAUUGAAAAAAUUAAUAAUAUUGAAUAUUGUGUAGUUUUUACUACACAAGAAAGAAUAAUUAAUAAAGUUGAUAUGGGUAUUUUUGUAGAUAUACCUAAAGAUCUUGAUAAAGUUGAAUAUAAAGGAGCACAAGAAAUGUUAUUAAUGAUUCCUAAUUCAUCUAAAGAAUUUAUAGAAAAAAUUAAAGAAAAAAGAAAAGUUCAUCAAUAUGGAUUUGAAAUAAAUGAAUUAAUUAAUAUUGAAGAAAAAUUAAAAAAACUUGUAAGUAAACAAUAUUAUGUACAUUUAGAAGCAAGAGAUGCAUAUCGUAGAUUUAUUCAAAAUUAUAAUACUUUGAAAUUUGGAAAUAUUUUUCAAUUAUCUAAAUUAAAUCUCAUUGAUAUUGCACAUACUUUUGGAUUAGAAAAUCCAACUAUUGUUAACACUGAUCUUCAAGGUGCACAAGGAGUUAGUGAAGUACCUUAUGAAUAUAAAAGAAAGAUUUUUAUUGGAAAACAAGCAACUCUUCCAGAUUUUAGAAUAAAAGGAAAGAGUUUCUCAAAGAAACAAACAAAAAGAAAGUUAUUAAAAUCAAAACAACAUAAAGAUGAUGAGGUACAAUGA